UAAAGUGAGGUUAACUGUUCGUAUCGUGCGGUUCGUUUCAUAGAUUCUGUGCGUGUUUAUCAUUUAUUUCCUAAAGUAAUAUUAAAAGAAACAUUUAUAAUGAGUAGAAACAUUCAUUGCACGUAUAUAUCCGAGAAACUUUCAAAAAUUAGAUGGAGACCAAGUACAUUAAAUGAGCCUAAUAGUUUUGUCACUGCCAGUUGGGAUAAUCAUGUAAACAAUGUUCGUUUGUGGGAAAUUCGUCCAAGAUUUAUGCAACAGGAUGAGGAGAUUAAAGAUGACGAAGAAAUUAAUCCAUGUGAGAUUAGAGAUGUUGCUUUUGAUAGUGACAUCACAGAAUUAAAGUUCAUCAAUAGUGAUGCAAUUGUUGUAUCAACUUCAAAUGGAGAUGUCUUCCUAUUUAAAAUAACUUCUAGUGAAGGUUAUGAAAUAGAUAUAAGCCAGGAAAUAUGCUGGAAGCAGAUUCACAAACUGGAUAAUGGUUUCACCAGCAGCUGUACAUCAUUUGCACUUUAUGAUAGUGAUAUUGCAACUAUUGGAGAAGAUGGAAAGAUUAAUUUGCUAUCUGUGGAGAGUCAAAUAAUAUUUAUUUUGUUAGAAGAAGCAGACAGUUGCACAUUGCAAUGUGUGGAGUUCCUGCGCUAUAACGAGCUUCUCACCGCAAAUCAACGCGGUAUUUUAAAAAUUUGGGACCUUCGGAACAACGUUAACAAAGCAGAGCAAUCCUUUCUGCUCCGUGAUGAUGCCAUUGUUGGUCCCACUGCAAUGGCCUACCACCCAACACAACGCCACAUUAUAAUGGCCGGUGAUGACACCGGUGCCAUAACAGUGUGGGAUCUACGACAGAACACGCACCCGUUGAACGUGAUGCGCCAACAUCAAGACGCCAUCUCUGAAAUUGUCUUCCAUCAAGACCGCCCGGAUCAGUUCUUCUCCUGUGGCGGAGGGGACGUUUUCCAAUGGACAAGUUUGAAGCAGCCCAGCUUGAGCACCAAUGGCCUAUGGUAUCUACUUGCAGGUGAUUUCAACAAAUAUGAUAUUUAUAGAUUGAUGCCAGAGUUGCCUGUACCCGUAAACAGCAUUGAUUUGAGCAGGGAUAAAAUGUUGUGCGGGGCUGAUAAUGAGGCGAUGUACUUGAUAGAAAACGUCAACGUUUAUAACUUGUAUCCUAACGAGACGCCUUGAUUUUAAUAACAUUGCAUUAUUGCAUCUUUGUAUAAAA